GAAAAAAACAAGUUUGAAGAAGCCCAUCCUUGUGCAGUAUUUAAAGGGAGGGUAGAGUCUGAAACAGAGUAUACUGGCUAGUUGAAAAGAUUGUUUUCUAUUCUGCAGUCUGCGACUUUGCUCACAAUAAACAGCAAAUAUGACAGUGGAACGCAUGGAAUUCAGACCAGAAGAUCAACAGCUUCAGCUGAUUGAUCCUGAGCAAGAAAUCGAGGAAGAAGACGACUCUUUUGAGUCUAUAGACAAACUCACAGUGCAGGGGAUUAACGCUGGAGACGUGAAGAAGCUCCAGGAUGCAGGCAUUUACACAUGCAAUGGCCUGAUGAUGCAUACAAAGAAGAGUUUGACAAGCAUUAAAGGACUUUCUGAUGCAAAAGUAGAUAAAAUAUGUGAAGCUGCCGAGAAACUUGUCAACUUUAGCUAUAUGACUGGAAAUGAAAUUCUUAUGAAGCGAAAAUCUGUUGUCAGAAUCACAACUGGAAGCCAAGCUUUAGAUGAGCUUCUUGGUGGUGGAAUCGAAACGCUAGCAAUAACAGAAGCUUUUGGAGAAUUCAGAACUGGAAAAACUCAACUAGCUCACACACUUUGCGUUUCGACUCAGCUUCCGCUUAGCAUGCACGGAGGCAAUGGAAAGGUCGCUUACGUCGACACCGAGGGAACCUUCCGACCAGAUCGUAUCAUAUCAAUUGCAGAACGUUUUCGAAUGGACUCUAACGCUGUCCUUGACAAUAUAGUUUAUGCUCGUGCAUACACUCACGAGCACCAGUUCAACUUGUUGGUUGGCCUCGCUGCAAAGAUGUCGGAAGAACCUUUCAGACUCCUUAUCAUAGACUCGAUAACUGCUCUGUUUCGAGUAGAUUUUACCGGUCGAGGGGAGCUUGCAGAGCGCCAGCAAAAGUUAGCGCAAAUGCUUUCGCGACUUAUAAAGAUUGCAGAAGAAUUUAACGUGGCUAUAUACAUGACGAACCAAGUGAUUGCUGAUCCGGGAGGAGGUGUAUUUGUGACGGACCCGAAGAAGCCAGCAGGGGGUCAUGUGCUGGCGCAUGCUUCCACUGUCAGGCUUAUGUUCCGCAAGGGCAAAGGAGAGCAACGGAUCUGCAAAGUUAUCGAUUCCCCCAAUUUGCCAGAAGCUGAAGCCGUUUUUCAGAUAACAGGAGGGGGCAUUUGUGAUGCUAAAGACUGACUGACCCUCAUGCAUGGGUUGAUGACUUAACAAAAUCUCAUACAGAUCUAGAGUCUAAUGAGCAAUCUACUAUACUGCUUUCCAAACACAAUAGAAUGCAAUGCACAAGGACAGAACACAGCCUUUUCUCAUUUCCCUUCCAAGUGGUUUCCAUCAAAAUGCGUGAAGAGCGGCUGCUUUGAUGUGUAUUCUGAACUUCUACCUUAAUUUCAAUAUAAAAAUAUGAUAUAAAAUACCUACCGACGCGGCUUGGGGUGGGGCGUCGAACAUGAAUAAAAAGGACGUCUUUCAAUGGAGACUAUUUGUUUUUUU